AAGCCACGGAACCGUCCUGGGUCGGCAAUAUCAUCAAACGCCGUGGCCCGCCACAAAGCAAAGUUAUGACAGCGUCGGAGUUCCGAGAGACCGUAAGACUGUCGGAGAGGGAUUACGGGAUCUGCAGUUACAUGGAUGUAAGGAGCUGGAGACUGAAGGGAAAGGACUACAACUCCCAAAGCGCCGUUGCUAAGAGGCAAUUGGCCGCUCUGAUCCGUCGUUUCCGUGUGUGUGAGCUCACGACCCUGGUAGCUUUGACAGACCGAGAAGAAGGGAAACUAGCCCAGUCUCAGAACAAGGCUUUGAGCUCCCUGGAAAUCUGGAAGCACCUGUUUGCUGCAGUGUCUACAGAAGACAACAGUCCAUUGUUGCAAUAAAAUGGCAGAUGAGGAGACCAAUUUGGUUUCCACAGAUCUCCUGCCUCUAACAGACCCGAACCAUGAAACCAGAUUAUUCAAUGAUGUAAUAUCCAUCGGUGAAACUGAUUCAGAAAAUAACCCACAGUCACUUAAUUCUAUGUCACAUGUUGAUGAAUCUGAUCCAGGUGUCUGGGAGCUGGAUGACUCACUUGUUGAACCGCAAUGUGAUUACGUGCCAGAUCAUUCUCUGACCACUGGAAAUAGUCCACCAUUGCAGCUGUUUCAGUUACGGGGAACUAGUUCUGGGUUCACUUCACGCAGUCACAGAAUAUUCAGUGGCUUGGAGAAUGCAGUAAAAUUUGAUGCUUCUCAGUCCAAGGACAAGAAGAUCAUUGAAGGAGAAUUCAAAUGUCCACCAUAUCAAGCUUCUCAGGGAAAGAUGACAGAAGGUUCUCCUUCAGAGAGAAUGAUAGUCACGGUACCAGCCAGAGCAAAGCAGAGUACUGUCUUGUGUAAAAAGCCACACUCUGUCCCAGACUUUCUUCUGCAUCCAGAACGCUGGACAAAAUACAGCUUGGAAGAUGUUCCAGAAAUGAGCAAUAAGAAAAAUACAGCAGUGGCGUUUGAGUUCAUGGGUGUUCUGAAAAAACGAAAAAAAGAAAAAAAUACAGACAUGCAGCAAGACCUAAUUGAAGACCUAACAGACUUCAAUGAAAGCUCCAGUUCCUGUUUCAAUCAAAAAUCUGACAGUGGUGUUGGUAAAAUCCUUUUCAGAAAGCCAUCAAAACCAAAGGUAACAGAAUGGGAUAGUCCUGGCAAAAAGGUUGAUGUGAUCAAGAAGAGAGAAAAGAGAGGUGAACUCAGUUCAGUAGAACUGGCACUUUCAGAUUGCAGUGAAGUCCAGGAUGCAGAAGCUUGGUGGCACGAUAAAGAUGCAGCGGAGCUGUCAAAGGACAGGAAACAGAUGACAACAGAAGAGAAGGAGCAAAAAUCAGUCAUAUUUCACAAUGUAAGAAAGAGAAAUCGGAAGAAUAUUCGAAUGAAAUUGAAUAAAGACAGCGAGGAUGACUAAUAACCACAUGUUUGAUUUUAAAUGGAUUAUCUUAAAAUCAAUAUUUAGUUAAAUAUUCCUUUGACAGGGCUGUCGCCUUUUAGGCCAUGCUCCAAGUUUCCCAGGAAGGUAGUAUUAAUUUUCUACAGUUAACUAAUGUUUGUGUUCACAGGUGUAUGUUGUAGUGGGGUUGGGGAGGGUUUGGAGUGUGAUGUAGAGGUGGUGAGGGAGGGAGAGGCAGGAGAAGUUCUAAAUGGGUCAGGUUUGUGAUGGAAAGGAGGGAAAUGAUGUAUGAUCCUGAACUGUAGUAAAAGUAAAAUGUACAGUAUGUAUAAACACUUUAUGCUUCAAGUGACAAGAACUGCAAUGUUAUUUUGAAACCCAGACGAAAAGAAUGAAGUCCUAACAUGAGAUUCUGUUGUUUGUCAAUUAUUAGUAGAUAAAAUUUCAAAUAAAAUUAAUCUACAAGUAGGUAUUUGUGACAUGACCAACUUUUAUUGUCCACCUCUCAUUGCUUUUGGUUCUAAUCAAGCAGUCAGUAAUGCUUGAGAAGUGCUGAGCUUAGAAUUCACUUGGGUUUUCCAUCACACUGACUUUUACCUGUAGACAAUAAAAGGGUUU